AUGAAAAACGCCUGUAAGUCGAGGACGAAGCACGCGGAGAAGGAAGUUACAAGAACAAGCAGAGGAGGAUUUAUAAUAUAUUAUAUGACGGCGCGAGCUGCUACUCGACUGAUUAUGAGUUUACUUAUGAUUCGGUUAAAGAUAAAGGAUAAUACGAGUAAAGAAAAACAUACGUUUACGUUGUUCUUGCGAUGCUACUACCAACUAUUUUCUAAAACUACACUUCUAACUAGUUGUUGUAGAGCUAGAACUGCUGAUAUUGCCUCCUACAACAUACGCAAUAAUGUGUUUUUCCAUUUACGCACGACGUGAAGAUGAUAGCGCAAGGUUGCUACGGUCAUUCCGACAUCAGCAGGUACAGGUGUCGACGUUCACUACAAGGUUCUUGUAGUCAGAACGAGAUGCCUGCUUGUGGAUGUGGAGCAGCUGUUUUUGAUUCAGCAAGAGUCGAGAGCACUUACUUUGAGGACUAGGCCACAAAGACCUACAGUUUUGGAAAAUUAUCUUCUAUUACAAGUUAUUGUUAUGUAUGCCGGUGGCAAACAGUUGAAGAUGUGGCGGUGACAUCCGCGCACAUGACGCGAUGAUCUACUUCUUGUUCUUGAAUGAUAUGAUUUUUCGUUUCAAUCAUUAUCACUUCUCAAUGUACUAUUAGCUCAAAUGAAGGUCGUAUUAUUUCUAUUUGGGUCUAUCACUGAGUAAAGUUUUGAAAAAUUGUAUUUUAUGACAAGAACAAAGGGAUUGCCGUAAGGAUCUACAUCUUACUUCACACGAUGAAGCAUCGUGAUGGGGAGGAAGAUCGUCGACAUCUCGGUAUUUUCUCGCCAAGGAUACUCGGAUAGAAAGAUGUUGUAGUAACAGUAGAGCUAGAAGCCACCGCGAUAUGGACAGGUAUUUUUAAUGAUUUUCUUUCCAAAAUGUAUGAAACCAUAGUGGACGCGUGAUUGAAUGAGAACGACGAGUUGUUAUUGCGAUCAGAAAAAAAUCCUUCUUAACCAUCUACAUCACCAUUUGUUAGCAGAAGAGAUUGUCAGAGACUGACAGAGAAGGAGAUGUUGAUGUUGUAUAGCAAAUCAUGUUGAAAGAACUCUUGGUAUUCUUGACUUGUUCGACAUUUGCUAUGCGUUUUUCGUUUACUUACGCAGCCGAAGUAACUUUCGUGUUCGUCCUACUAGAUCAUCAAAUAAAUAAUAUUUACAACAUGAAGAACAACAACAAGCCCUCUUGGUGGAGCGGCAGCUUCUGGCACUGGGUGUCGGACGCUGCCUUUUCGAGGAGUUAUUGUUACAGUUGUAAUGUGUGGCGGGUGUAUUAAAUAUCAAAAGAUAGAAGAUCAACAUCAACAUCAAUCAUGAACAAAGAUAUUUUUAACGAAGUUGAAAAAAUCAGCGUCAUCUUUUUAAUAACUUUAGUAUGGAUUUUUGUGUGGUUCGUGCUUGGGCUUGUAUUCAUCAAGCUCCUUGUUCAGGAGCGAAUUCACAGCUGAUACUUCAGGCGAUGACCAAGUGUAUUUCAACUCAAUAUCUAUCAAAGACAGCUACAACUUUUCCAAAAAGGUGAUGUAGCAUGUACCAUGUUCAAGAUUGAUCAUUGAUGCACAAGGGAUAUUAGAGAUCUAGAUGAUGACAACACUUUUUUCGGAAUAUAAUGAGAAAAAUAUCAUCUGACGAGGACUGUC